UUGAGUUUUUUCAUUGCCUUCUAGAGUCCAAUAGCCCAGGAGCUAUGGAAAUAUCUGCAUUGUACGCGUCAACCACGUAAGUCAGGCUUCUGAACAGAACCACGAGUACUCGUGCAUGUAUAGGCACGACUGCGGUCACCGCAGGGAUGGUGAUUGUAGUGCAUCGUCCGUCGACAAGCGGUCGGAAUUGGCUAGGUCUGAGACGAGUCCCACAAGAUCAGGUCUUUGGGCCUUGGGGUCGGUUUCCCCCUUGACCCAUUUACAGCCGCGCUCGUAGAACUAUUCUCGUUGGGUAGAGGUCAUACCUAGAAGUGACGAUAAAUGACUAGAAACCUUACAGGAAAUUUUCUUGCGAAUAUUACUCACCGUACCAGUCUACCGGAACCUAAGUACGGGUCUCAUCCCGGCCAAUUUCGUCAAGAAGUACAUGUCAACCAGCCGGCCAUUGUCCCUGAGCACCAUGAGAGCACCGUCGUUGGGGCUGCAUACAUUAAGGUUGAUGAUGUCUCAUCAAUAGGCCGCCAGAAGCCGACAUGCGAGGGAGAAUUGAUCGAUAUGUUCCCACCAAUGCCUACGGCGAGCAUAACAAUCGAGGGAACGGGGAUAUACCUUUCCACAGUCUGUGACUUCUGUACGAUACGGAAGCAUUACAACGCCUGCAUCGAACGGCGUGAUGAGUUCGUUCGUGUCAGAGCUGAGUCGCGGAAGCGUGCCUUGCUCGGACCGAAGGUCCCAUAUAAAUUUUUCUGCUGGAUUCCAUGGCCAUGGAGCAUGUGUCCCCUACAACGCAGCCAUCAGAACCGAGGUCCGUGGUAGAGGGUAAGACUUACUUGAUGUGGUCGGGAAGGUUUCAAGGUGGAGAUACAUGAACUGUGCUUCGUUGAUAGAUGCGUACUAGUAAAAUGCAUUAUUAAUUCCAAACAAUAACAUUCGUUGCAGCGAAGGCGACAAAUGUCGUCUGUUCCCUUCAUGUCUU